AUGACACCAAGUGACACAAAUGCGGGUGUGCAUCACAGAAGUCAGCCAGGUUACGAGAUUCAGCCCAGCAUUGUGCCAGACAAUGUGAUCCCGCCCCAACCUGACAAGUACUGGGCUCCACACCCACAAACUGGGGUAUUUGGGCCUGCAGCUGAACAUAGUCAUACAGCAGGUGGAAAGGACGGCUCCUCGCCUGUGGAUAUUGGCGAGGAAGCCUCGGUGCUGGAGCAGUUGAACAUAGUAAGAUGCGAAUCAGUUGAUGCCAAGCUUAACGAAACUAACGUGAACUUAUGA